CUACAGGAACUAAUCAAGGCUACGAUAUUCGCCUCCCAGGGUCCAGAGGCCCACCAUUCCAUGGGAACUGUGUUUGAUGAAGAUGCAUCCGUCUUUUUCCUUGAACUUCUUGUCAAAGUUGUGCUGCAAAACAGAGAUAGAGUUACACCAGUUUGGCAGGCAGUUCGAGACCAUAUCUACAACCUUACUGUGAAUGCAGGUGAUCACACGUUCCUAGUGGAGCGAGCGGUCGUGGGACUUCUCCGAUUAUCGAUCAGACUUUUACGCCGCGAGGAUAUCGCAUCACAAGUUUUAACUUCCCUACGUAUACUCUUAAUGAUGAAACCUAGCGUUAUUCACAAUGUGGCACGGCAAGUUUCGUUUGCCCUGCACGAGUUGUUACGGACUAACGCUGCCAAUAUACGCACGGCCCAGGAUUGGUUCACACUCUUUAUGCUUCUAGAGGUGGUAGGGGCUGGGGCCAACCCUCCGCCCAUACUACAGACACACACAGAACAGGAACUCCCAGAUGCUCUCUCAGAUGCUGGUGCCCAGAGUGAUAGUGAGGUGCCCAGCGGGUCUAGUCUGAAUGACGGCUACCAGGAGAGAGGCUACACCUCAGACAGUGAACUGUACGAAUCUCAGACCAAGACCCAUCGAAGUCCGUCCCCACUCGAGGUCAGGCCAGUCCCUGAGAAUGGAAGCUGGCUCCUG